GCAUUUAGAACUUAUUAAAGCUUUUUGUUUUAACUUGUGGUGCCUGACCUUGUUAUAUUCGUUCUGUGAAAGGCUUAUUUGACUGCUGAAAUCUGCACUUAGUAUUUCUGGCAUAACUGGAAUCUUAGAAACAAAGAAUCUUUUGAGAAGGGCCAGGGCCAGCUCUUAAGAGGAGGGCAACUUCAACCUAAUUAGUCUAACUGUGCUUAUCACAAUUUGAUAUCUGUUUAUGUGCUUUCUGAUACAUUGCUUGGCAGCACAGCUUUGUUACACUGGAGAUAACCUUUUCUUGUGUGGACUUAGGUGGCAUAAAGCAAAUGUGUACAAUUUCCUUUUUUUUUUGUUUUCCACUGAGGCCUGUUUGCUGAGAGAGAUUUCUGUACAAUCUCCUUCACUUUUUUCCUGAUAACAGAGAUUACAGAAAUGUGUUUGCUGUUAGUUUGAGUUCUUGUUUUGUUUGGAGGGAACCGGCCUCGAUUAUGACCUUUUAGUAGAAAGCAGAGUGUGAUUCAUCAAGGUCCCAGCACUGGCUGGGGUGGAGUCGUGGGUGAGGAGGAGCCCAGGCAAGGUGGCAGUCACCAGAGAACACUUCUCAUGGGAAAAUCGUGUGGUCAUUGGAUUUUCAUAAAACACAGCAAUCAGUGGCACCUUUAAAGGGGGAAUCCCCAUCCUGGUCCUUUGGUUCUGUGACCUUGUGUUGAAACUAUGCAGCCUCUGAAUUUUCCCAUCAUUCCUUUGAAUGCUGAGGAGGCCAGAAGUCACCACAGGUUGGCCUGCGAAGCACAGCUGUUGUUCCUAAUUCUGUCACUAAUUUCAAUGCCCGUGUUCUAUCCAUCAUGGGAACUGAUCAAAACUAAGCAACACUUCUUGUGAGAGUCCGUGCACAGAGAAGAGAAUCAUGGAAUCCCACAAUGGUUUGAGUUGGAAGGGACUUUAGGGUCAUCCAGUUCCAACCCCCUGCCAUGGGCAGGGAUGCCACUCACUGGAGCAGGUUGCUCAAGGCCCCACCCAAUAUAUGAGAUGAAAGAAAUGGCUGUGGAAUUGUUCUGUUGGGUGGCUGGUGUGGAGGCCACCAUGACACAGGUGUUUCUUUCCAGGAUUUGUCUGCAGACCGUCAAUCGGCCUCUUAGGGAUCGUAUUCCAGAAGACAAAAUGCAGUUUGUACAAAUAAAUAGCAGAGUUAUUCCCAAUGUCAUUUAAUUCUGGUUAAUAUCCUGUUAAAUAUUUAAAAAAAUAGAACCAGCAAGACUGGGAACUCCUCUAAAGUUUAAACCAGCAAAUAAUAGCCAUUUGUAGAGUGAUUGAUUUGCUGAGUCUUACUGAGUGCUUUAAAUAUAUCAGGGUCAGGUUAUCUGUGCCAACCCAAAAUUCAGAUAGGAGGCUUACGACAUGUAGAUAUGGACUUGUUCGAGUCAUGAAGGAAAGUUCUGUCAAGUGUUUCCCACACCUCCAGCAAGAUAUAAAAGUUGAAGGUCCCUGAGAUUUCCCCACGUUUUAUUCUGCUGCGUCUUGUUCUCAUCCGAAAGAAAAAUGAAGAGACUUGCUGCAGUCCUCGUUUUGCUGGGAGUCUUCUGGGCUCAGACUUCUGCACUGAACACCUUUGUGCUGCGGGAGCCUGGCAGUAACUAUGUCACUGGGACCAUGACCAUCCACAACGAGGAGCACGUCGUCGACGUCCACGUCCGCUCCGGCGUCUACUCCUCCGAUACCAUUUUCGACUACUCCCGUGGGUAUAUUGCCACCAGGCUGUUCUCCCGAAAUGCCUGUUUUAUCAUGAAGAUCAAAAAGGAAUACAUCCCCGAGCUGCAAGAGAUCGGACGGCUGGCGUUUGAGAAACGGACCAUGAAGGAUGUUUACUCUCCAAAUAAUGUGUGGACCCUGUUUCAAACUGGCAGUUCUGUGCUGGGGCGUUUGAAGGACUGGAUUCUCUAUGGCAAACACAUCGAAAAGCUCUGCUCGGGGCUGCCCCUCUACCAGCUCACAGCCACUGAACCACAAGAGAACACUGAUGGCUGUGCCAGUGCAGGAAUUCCAAGUAUUUUGGGCCUUAACAUCUGUGAACAGCUCAUUGCAACUGGAUCUUGACAUUCCUGCUGCUAGGAAUUGCCUGGUUUCUUUGCAUGCUUUUCUGAUGGAGACCAUGUUCUCCAGCUGGAACAGAGCUCGGGUAUGAGGCUCAACUUGCCUAUUCAAGGCUUUGAUGUAUGACAAAGCUAUGAUAUACAAAUAAAGAUAAUGCUUUAAUAA